AUGUCGGAGCGCUCGUCGGGCGGCCGAAGCCGCGGCGGUCGCUACCUCAAGCCCGACACCGCGCGGAAGCAUUUCAUCUUCCACAUCGCCUUCGAGAACCUCCAGCGCGGCGUGCUGCCGACGGCGCACGACUUCGACAUGCUCUUCGGGCCCGCGCCCGUCAUCAACGUGCCCUCGACGCCUGAGAUGCAGCGGUGGAUCGACGAGCGUUCAGGUUGGCGCGAGAAGGCGAGCACGCGCGAGCUGCCCGCCUCGGGCGAGCAGACGCUCCUCGCGAGGUACUUCAGCGUGGGGCCCCGCGCCUCGACGCUCGCGCGCGCGGGCGCGCGCCCCGGCCGGCCGCCGGACUACGUCUUCGACUUCGGCAACUUCGAGGGCGUCGCGUUGAAGAAGAUGUUCCUGCGCAAGACCGUGGCCAGCAAGCCCUCGACGAACCGCGCGACGGGCGAGGAAUUCUGGCAGCAUGGGCCCGACUACAUCAAGUGGCUCGCGGGGGACGAGUUCGAUUGGCAGUUCCCGAAGCACACGCUCAUGUACCUCGAGCUCAAGGCGAGCAUCGGCCGGCCCCUCGAGCUCUCCAGCAGCAGAUGGCUGCUGCCGGACCUGCGGCGCGCGGCCGCGGCCUUCGACGACUACAUGAAGGACGCGUUCCCGUCGCUCGGCGCGCCGUCUCCGGAGCCCGCGGCGCCGUUGCAGCCCAUCGUGCGCUGGCUGAGGCCACAGCUGGGGCUCGGCCUCGGCGCGAUCCAGGUCGAGGCGCCGGUGCGCGCCAAAUGCGAGCUGCGCGUCAUCGUCGACGGCGGCGGCGUCCUACUCAAGCUCGACGCGCCCGACGACGACGGCGACGCCACGGAGAUCCGCGUGCCGGCGACGCACAAGAUCCUGGCGCGCAUCCAGUCCGACGCGACGGAGCUCGACGCGGGCUCGGGGUCCGCCAAGGUGACCAAGGCGUCGACCGUCUUCACGGGCCUCGCGCUGCUCGUGACCAUCCCCAUCGUCAAGGCGAACUCGCAGAGCUCGCCCACGGGCACCUACAGCGUCGACGUCGACGAGGAUCUGAUCACGAGCGUCGACUACAUGUCGGAGCAGGACGUGCAGAAGUUCGGCGGCGCCGUGAUCCACGGCAUCCCGAAGUCGCAGUGGACGUUCUUCCAGACGACCAUCGCCGACAUGAACAACGUGAACCACGAGAGGUCCUUCCUCAUCAGCGACUGGGAUUCGACGACGUUGUUGCCGCCGAAGGUCGACUCCUACUCCGCGCCGCGCGACUUCGAUCUGCGGCCGAUCACGUUCAUCGACCCGACGGACGAGUUCAAGGACCGCUUCGAGUGCACGCCAUGCGUCAACCACGGCCACGACCACUCCAACUCGGUCACGCGGACGAAGAAGUGGAGCAUACGUCGCGUCAAGGGCAUGAGCGGCGACGAGUUCAUCGCGUCGCGGUACUACCGGUGCUCGAAGUGCCGCGCUGAGGCGAACCGUUUGAACGCGCUCAUCGCGGCCGCGGCGUCCAACUCUCCGCGGACCCACGAGCAGCAGGAGGCGCUCGAGGACCUGAAGCGUCAACGGAGCGAGUCGAGAUACGAAUGGAACGCGUCCAAUCCGCGCUUCCACGCGCGCCGCCCAAUCGGGCACGCGGAAAAGAAGAUGACCGCCCUGAACCCCUUGUUCUUCGGCUUCGCGUGA